CCCGGACGGCGUUCGGGGCGGCCUGUGUGUGGAAGCGAGCUCCGGGCCGCCGGCCUUCCCGUGCCGGCUAGUCGCCCCAUGUCGCGGGCUGCGGCCGCCAGUCCCCGCUCGCAUUGGCGGUGCUGAGGCGCCGGGGCGACAGCGCGCGAAAUGUCGUCGGGCCUCCGCGCCGCCGACUUCCCCCGCUGGAAGCGCCACAUUUCGGAGGAGCUGAGGCGGCGGGACCGGCUGCAGAGGCAGGCAUUUGAAGAGAUCAUCCUGCAGUAUAACAAGUUGCUAGAAAAGUCAGAUCUUCAUUCAGUGCUGGCCCAUAAGCUACAAGCUGAAAAGCAUGACGUCCCCAACAGGCAUGAGAUAAGUCCUGGCCACGACGGUGCAUGGAAUGAUAGUCAGCUACAAGAAAUGGCCCAGCUGAGGAUUAAACACCAAGAAGAACUGACUGAAUUACACAAGAAACGUGGGGAGUUAGCUCAGUUGGUGAUUGACCUGAAUAACCAAAUGCAGCAGAAGGAUAGGGAGAUGCAGAUGAAUGAAGCAAAAAUUGCAGAGUGCUUGCAGACCAUCUCUGACCUGGAGACAGAGUGCCAAGAACUGCGUGGUAAGCUUCAGGACCUCGAAAGAGCCAACCAGACCCUGAAGGAUGAGUAUGAUGCCCUGCAGAUCACGUUUACUGCCUUGGAGGAGAAACUGAGGAAAACUACUGAAGAGAACCAGGAGCUGGUCACCAGAUGGAUGGCCGAGAAAGCCCAGGAAGCCAACCGCCUCAAUGCAGAGAAUGAGAAGGAUUCAAGGCGGCGGCAAGCCCGGCUGCAGAAAGAGCUUGCAGAAGCGGCAAAGGAACCUCUACCCGUUGAACAGGAUGAUGACAUUGAAGUCAUCGUGGAUGAAACCUCUGAUCACGCCGAGGAGACUUCUCCUGUGCGAGCCAUCAGCAGAGCGGCCACUAAGCGACUCUCGCAGCCUGCUGGAGGCCUUCUGGAUUCUAUCACUAAUAUCUUUGGUCUGUCCGAGUCUCCCCUUUUGGGACAUCACUCUUCUGAUGCUGCCAGGAGGCGCUCUGUCUCUUCCUUUCCAGUUCCCCAGGAUAACGUGGAUACUCAUCCUGGUUCUAGUAAAGAAGUGAGGGUGCCAACGACCGCCAUAUGUGUCUUUGACGCUCAUGAUGGGGAAGUCAACGCUGUGCAGUUCAGUCCGGGCUCCCGGUUGCUGGCCACAGGAGGCAUGGAUCGGAGAGUUAAGCUUUGGGAAGUGUUUGGAGAUAAAUGUGAGUUCAAGGGCUCCCUGUCUGGCAGUAAUGCAGGAAUUACAAGCAUUGAAUUUGACAGUGCUGGAUCUUACCUCUUAGCAGCUUCAAAUGAUUUUGCAAGUCGAAUCUGGACUGUGGAUGAUUAUCGGUUACGGCACACGCUCACAGGACACAGCGGCAAAGUGCUGUCUGCCAAGUUCCUGCUGGACAACGCGCGCAUUGUUUCCGGAAGUCAUGACCGGACCCUCAAGCUCUGGGAUCUCCGCAGCAAAGUCUGCAUAAAGACCGUGUUUGCAGGAUCCAGCUGCAACGAUAUCGUCUGCACAGAGCAGUGUGUGAUGAGUGGACACUUCGACAAGAAAAUUCGUUUCUGGGACAUCCGAUCGGAGAGCAUCGUCCGGGAGAUGGAGCUGCUGGGCAAGGUCACUGCCCUGGACUUAAACCCGGAGAGAACCGAACUCCUCAGCUGCUCUCGCGAUGAUCUUCUAAAAAUCAUCGAUCUUCGAGUAAACGCCGUCAGACAGACGUUUAGCGCCCCUGGGUUCAAGUGCGGCUCUGAUUGGACCAGAGUUGUGUUCAGCCCUGACGGUGGUUACGUGGCAGCGGGCUCGGCUGAGGGCUCCCUCUACGUCUGGAGCGUGCUCUCGGGGAAAGUGGAGAAGGUCCUUUCAAAGCAGCAUGGCUCGUCCAUCAAUGCAGUGGCGUGGUCCCCCUCCGGCUCCCACGUGGUCAGUGUGGACAAAGGAAGCAAAGCUGUGCUGUGGUCAGAAUAUUGACGGCACCUCCUCGAGAGAGAGCAGAGCCGAAGCCGGAGACGCACGCAGGCUCCCGCAGCUCUGUCCUGGCGGGGGGUGUGUUGGGUGUGGCUUUGACCGCCAGUGGAGAGCCCGAGCCACGGGGUGCAGUGGCUUCCUUUGCACGGGAUUUCCGAGGAUUUGGGCUGAGGUCUCUACGGCCUGAAGGAAUAACAGUGCGAGAACCUGACCCUGUAGUCACUUAGCAGAGGUGCGGGUUCUUGCCCUGAUUCGGUGGGAAACACUACUGGCUCUGAUCUUCCAUACCUCAGUGGGGGGAGCGGGGACACCUACCGGUUUCCUCGCAGGCCGGCAGUGCCGGGAACACCCCACACGCCUGGGGUCGGUUCUCCCUCCAGGCUUUCUCCCGACCUUCUACGGUUGGUUCUGGCCGAAUGCAUGUCCUGUCACCCUGGGGUCAUUUUCCUGGUGAACUCGCUUUAAUCAUUGGAUUAACAGAAACCCAAACAGGAUUACCCCUGUCCUCGGCUGAGGGGGCUGCCCUGAUUUCUGAGGAGACAGGACUGUGGUCCCUCCCCGUUGGUCUGUGUCAUUAUUACGAGGCUCUCACUCUGAUCUCAUCUGAUUACUGUUGGAAUUUCCUUAGCUCUCCCAGACUGUUCUUAGAAAGCCUCUGUUCUUCAAAGCUUUGAGCGUCCUUUCUCCCCAACAGUGCUAUAUACUAAUUUCUCAGUCAAGAGAGAAAUCCCAACUUGGUUAAAAAAUACUUUUUGGAGGCGGGAGAGGAAGGGUGCAAACCUUCUUCCAGGAAAGUGUGCUGCAGGGGCAGAGUGUAUUCCUGUGUCCGUCUGUAGACUCCCAGAAAGUGGGUGCACGCCACCUUCCCGGGUGCCUCGCUUCUACCCGCGGGUGAUGAGGGAUUGGAGGCCUCGAAUGUAUUCGCCUGGAGCCGGUAGUUCCAGGUCACUGCCCUUUUGCCAAGCCUACGUGCAAUAGCCCCUCGGUGCUUUAGUGCGAGAAGCCCAUUCCAAGAAGCAUGGGAAUGUCAUCUUUAGGUUUCAGGAGUUAUGAGCAAGGCCGGGGGCAACUGGCCUGUGGCUUUCUUUUUUGUUUGUUUGUUUUUUUUUACACAUUUAUCCUUACCAUUUUACCUGUGUAUAUCAUUUUAGUUUUUGAGUGACUGAAACACCAAUACUUUUAUCACCUUUUAAUUUGCACUUUAUAUUUUUCCUUCUGCACUUGUUCUCUGGACAGCUGUGGGUGACGAGAGCUGGAGCUGGGUGAGGAGGGGGGCCGCCGCCGUCCUCCCUCUUUCCCCGGCCCUCCUCCCCCCAUUUCAGCUUGCUCCAAGAGCUCAAGGGGAGGUGGAAUUCAUAGGCCAGGGCGCAGCUGUUAUUUAUUUAAUUAUGUUGCCCAACAGAACUUGAUUGUAAAUAAAAGAAGAAAUCUGUUCUAUACUUUUCAAA